AUGUAUUUACUUGGUAGUUUUUCAACUCUUUUCAUAAAUUCAGCAAACAAGAAUUUGCCAGAUAACUUAUGGAGAUUUCAUGUCUUAGUGGCAGCAUUUCUUUCUAGCCAAACAAAAGAUGAAGUAACUGCUGCUUGUAUGAAUAGAUUAAUUAAGAAUGGUCUAAGUCCUGAAUUUAUUAACAAGCAAUCAUUUGAAUCACUAAGAGAUAUGUUAUAUGGAGUUGGAUUUUACAACACUAAAGCAAAGAAUUUGAAAGAAAUUUCUAGAAUCAUUAUAGAAAAUUAUUCAGGUAAAGUUCCUGACAAAUAUGAACAACUUGUAAUGUUACCAGGUAUUGGGCCAAAAAUGGCAAAUUUAAUUUUGCAGAUUGGAUUUGGAAUAGUUGUCGGAAUUUCCGUGGAUACCCAUAUGCAUCGUAUUUUCAAUAGAAUUGGUUGGGUAAAAACAAAAAAUCCUGUUGAAACGUCCAAAGAGAUGGAGAAGAUGCUUCCAAGAGUCUACUGGGAUGAAAUUAACAAAGUUUUUGUUGGUUAUGGUCAAACAAUUUGUAAACCAAUAAAUCCAAAGGAAUGUACUAUAAGAGAUUACUGUUCUCAUGGUAGGAAGGGGAGAAAGAAAGUAACAACAAAAGAACUAAAGUAUGAGGAAUAG